UGAGAUUAAACGGACUUUUCAUUCCUAGCCCUGCCCUGGGUUGGGCGAAGAGACACACCAGAAAGGCUGCCAAAGAUACGGUCAAGGUCAGCUCCGUGCCCUCCCCUGGAGCUGCCAGCCAUCAGCAGAGCCCACCCUCUUCAUGGAAAGCCUCAUGCCGUGCUCUCCUGGUGAUGGCAUCCGACAGUGAUGUGAAGAUGCUGCUGAACUUUGUGAACCUGGCGUCCAGUGACAUCAAGGCGGCCCUGGACAAGUCCGCGCCCUGCCGCCGCUCGGUGGACCAUCGCAAGUACCUGCAGAAGCAGCUCAAACGCUUCUCCCAGAAGUACUCGCGGCUCCCUCGGGGCCUCCCCAGCAGAGGGGCCGAGCCUCACCUGAAGCAGGGACCUGAGGACCGGCCGGGGAGGCUGCCCCUCGAUUCUGGCCAUGAUUCCAGUCCUGGUGGGGGUGGAGGCUGCAAGGAGAAGGCUCCGGGGAACCCGUACAGGGAGGAAUGUCUCUCUAAGGAGCAGACCUUACAUGGGCCGAAUCCAGAAGCUGCCAGGCCUGGCCAGGUGCCCAUGAGGAAAAGACAGCUGCCCGCUUCCUUCUGGGAAGAGCCUCGGCCCACCCACAGCUACCCCCUCGGCCUGGAGGGGGGACUGGGCCCCAGGGAGGGACCUCCCUACGAGGGUAAGAAACACUGCAAAGGUUUGGAGCCCUUGGAGCCCGAGACGGCCCCUGUGCCUGCAUCCCCAAGGGCACCAGCUGAAAAGGAGCCACUCAAGAUGUCUGGGGUCUCCUUGGUGGGCCGGGUCAAUGCCUGGAGCUGCUGCCCCUUCCAGUACCAUGGACAGCCAGUCUACCCAGGCCCUGCAGGGGCUUUGCCCCAGAGCCCCGUGCCCGGCCUGAGCCUAUGGAGGAAAAGCCCGGCUUCCCCCGCGGAGCUGGCCCACUUCUGCAAGGAUGUGGAUGGGCCGGGGCAGAAAGUGUACAGACCCGUGGUUCUGAAGCCUAUCCCCACCAAGCCGGCCGUGCCCCCACCCAUCUUCAACGUCUUUGGCUACCUCUAGCAGGGCGGGGAGGCCCUUGGCUCCCACCCCUGGCCCCUAGGGGUGACGGAGGGGAGGGGCACCCGGGAGCUCUCGGUGUGGGGAGUGAGCUGGGCAGUGGCCUGGUCUCUUGGGAACCUUCCCUUUGUGUAUGCGGGUGGGAGGGGAGGACAGGAUGGGGCCAGGCCCGCUGUGGGGCCGGGCUCCGCUGGCCCCUCUCCAGACCAGCGCCCGAGCGAGCAUCCCACUGUCCUCGAGCUGGCCCUGGGCGGUGGGGCUCUGCCCUGGCCCCCCAGCCCCUCCAGAAGCCAGAUUGCGCAUCUGCUCACCUGCCACCCACUCGGUGAGCCAAUCUCAGUUCUGUUCCUUUUUGUUUUGUUUUGUAAAUAUUAUGAAGGUUAAAAGAAUAAAGACAUUUCUUUUGCAGUUUC